AUGGAAACCACAAGCCUAGUGCCCGAUGCUCACUUUCUCGAGUGCGCUUGCUGCCUGCACAGGCCUUGCAUCUCUCGGCUCCAUGGUCUAUGUGUGCGCCCUGAGGACCAUGCAAACCGCCCUGACACUGCACUAUGCAAUGCCCUCCUGACCAUGCACGCGUGCUGUGGUUGCAUAGACCGAGCGUACAUUGUCUUCAAACUCAUCCCUAUCCGAAACAUAGUCUCAUGGAAUGCACUCAUUGCUGGGCUCACGUGCCAUGGGUUCAGGCUCGAGGCGAUAUCGACUUUCGAGGCCAUGCACAAAGACUCGAAUGUGCCAUCCCCUGACUCGGUCACGAUUGUUGCUUUCUUAACAGGGUGCAGUCCCUCAGGUUUGGUAGAAGAAGGGAAGGUCUACUUUGAAAUGAUGGUAAAAGAUUAUGGUAUUGAGCCUUUCAUAGAGCAUUUAUCUUACUUGAUUUAUGUGUUGGGGUGGGCUGGUCUUGUUAGAGAGGGAGAGGAAUAUGCAAAGAAAUUUGAAGGAGAGGAUUUAGUGAGUGGGGGUAGAUUGCUUUCAGCUUGCAGGUUACAUGGGGAUCUGGAGGCUGAAAAAAGAGUGGGUUCGAGGAUUUUGAAAAUGGGUCCUGAUGUUGGGUCUCUUUAUGUGCUUGUCUUCAAUAUGUUUGCUAGAGAGAAAAAGUGGGAGGAAGCUGGAAAAACAAGGAAGGUGAGGAGAGAGAGUAGGGCAAAGAAAGAGGUUGGGUGGAGUUGGGUUCAAAUGUGA